AUGCGCUUUACUCAUCUCAUCCCUACCUCUCUCCUUCUGUUUAGCUCAGUGCUAGCAGCAACAGUCGGCCCACUGCCUCGAGACAGCAAGACUAGCCUCAAGCCUCUCGACACUCGCGUAGCCGAGUUGCAGCGCCGUGACGAUGGCUGCGAGACAAUCGCUAGCGAGAUCGAGACUAUCGGGACGAGCAAAUCUAUCGUCAUCUACGGUUCAUUUGGCGGGUCUACCGCCUAUUAUGUCUGCCAGUUGAAGAAUGGGGCAGAGUGCAAGACGUUGGCCUUAGUUGUGGCCUCCGGCAUCAUGACCAUCCUCUCCGCCCUUCACCAGACAGGUGCUAUCAACCUUUCCACCCGAGAGGAGGAAAAACACACGAUGUCCAUGUUCGACUUCUUCCACAAGCACUUGGGAGAUAAUGGGAUCGAAUAUAAGGCCAUAACUGACUCGACCGAAGAGCUACUGCGACUCUACGGCAAGGAUCAGCGCAAACCCCUUUCAGUGACGAGUUUGCACGGCGUCAAGCACCUUAACAACACCCCAGUCAACAUGGAUAUAUAUGACUUUGGCAACGGCGAGGGCCACGUUCAUUUGCCCCACGACAUGUUAGAGGACCGCAGCGAGACCAGUAUUCACAGUCGCCUUGGCAAACGUUUGUCUAGUGCUCCGGGCUUCAAACUGUCUUACACGGCUCGUCUUCCUACGGAGCUCAGCAAGGCUCAUCAGGCCGACAUGGCCACCUCCUUAGCCAAUUGGUGGGCCAACACUGCCGAUGAGACUGAUCUCCAUGACAUGAUUGGUUUCAUCGAGACCGGUCACACUGCCAACGUCUACUACAGACUCAUUCCUGAGACCGUUGAUUUUGGGCUCAACUACGAGACUGUCAACUCGUGCGGUCAAAUGUCCCAGUACCUCUAA